CUGUGAAUUCCGCAGUACGCGGCAAGUUCAAAUUCGAAAUUUCACUUAACAUUGAAUUCAUACUAAAGAAUGGUUUAGAGAUAUUUAUUUGCGGUUCCUCAAAUAUGUUUUUGAAAACGAAUUUGUGUCUUGUGAAUAAUAAAUUGAUGGUUGUUGUAAGAAAUUUAACAUCUACAGAGAUAUCAACAGCAUUGAGGCCAUUUUACUUUUCAGUACAUCCUGAUCUCUUUGGUCAACAUCCAAAAGAGAGAGAAAUCAAUGAAACUUCUUUACAACAGCUGAGCUCGCUUCUUCAGACUUUACAAGCUGCCAAAUAUUUACCUCCUAUCACUCUGCCAUUUUAUGUAAAGAAUAGAAAUAGUCAAGAUGAUGCUACUCGUUUAAUAAAAGUUAACCUAAGAGGUCGAGACAUAGGCACGGCCAUUGUAAAUAUUUUAAAAUCGUGUGACUUACCAACGACCCAUGUACAACAUUAUGUUAAAACCGAGGAUGUAUUUAAUAAAUCAAUUAAAUCUGAAAAUAUUGAGCACGAUGAAAAUGAAUGGGUUCGAGUGCGUUAUAGACACGACAUAGAUUUUACCGAAAUGGACAAAAAACAUCCACUAUAUCAUACGUUUAUGAUGCAGCAAAAGAUGAAAGAGGCGAAAGAUAAUCUUAGGUUAAAGGAAUGGUUAAAAAAUAACUUUAAGGACGCGAUGAAAAAAAGCAAGAGUGGUAUUGCCUCUACAGACGAAAUUCUUAGGUUGAAACAAGAAAUGAUUAAGAGCAGCAAAUUAAAAGACAUCAAGUGGGAAUGUGGAUGGAACAGCCAACACUUUAGAGGUUGCCUUCUGGCUCUAAAAUCUCUUAUGGAUGAACAUCCACAGCAUAUGAGACAGCUAGAAGACCACAUUCUAAUAUUCUCAUAUUUCACUGGAAUAAGCUUGGACGGCCAUAUUAUGUUAUUUAGUGGAGAAGUUAGGCAUAAUUGGUUGGAUUUUAUUAAGAAUAUCAGAAAGCACAAGGCGGCAUUAGACAGAGUGCCUUAUUAUGAAAAGUCACUAUCGCAUGUUCUACGAAAUAUUAAGGUGGCCAGGAGAAAAUUUAUGCCAGAUAUGAAAGUGGGUGAAUAUGAAAUUAACUUAAAACAGUUAACAACGUCUGUAAGUGAUUAUUUUGGGCGUAAUCAGUAUCCAAAAACCUGGCCACAGUCCUUAGAUUCUUAUGAAAUUGUCGUUGAAACGGACGCAGGGCCCUUAAUGGUAUCUCCUACGGGACAGUUCAUUGUGCCUUCGUCUCUCCCAGGUCCAAAUCUGAUUAGUUUUAUAAGCACAAAUUUAGAAGAAGCAAAGUAUCGCGCAAAUAUUUACAAAUGCGAUAAAGUUAUGGAAAAAACACUACACCAGCAAUGCAUAUUGGAAUUCCAGUUAUCGUCGCUUAAUAAGGACGAUAAUAUAACUCCCGAUUUAAUGAUUAAAUUUUGUAAGGAAUUUCUAAAAUAUAAAGACGAAAUAAAACAGUACACUAAGGAUUUACAUGUUAGUGUUUCUACAUAUUAUUCAGUUUUGUCAGAUGGGGUUAUUUGUAUACCUUGGAAUUUUAUUUUGUAGCUAAGGAGUUAUAGCUGCUUAUUUGAAGAGCAGACUCAAAUCAAUUCAUUUUUUUUUUUAAUUUGGCGGGAACACUUUUUUCUAGACAUGUAAAACUAUGUAACUUAAUACAUAUUACGCUAGAAAUUUCAUAAAUUGAGUCGAAUCCUAACAACAUAUAUUAGCUCUUAAAUUAUCGCAAUAGGUUAUUGUAUCAGUUGUUUAUUUGUUUACUAGUCAUAAAAAAAGUAAUUUGUUGUAUGUUUUCUUAUUUUUUUCUUGUUCUAAUUUUUUUUGUCAUCUGCUCUUCAUUUCCACAUUUAGGAUUAAAAAAAUAAUUUGUUUAAAAUGUUUGAACACUAAUAUUAAGAAUACCAUUUAUAUGAAUAUGUUCAUAAUUCUUAUCACUGUGAUUGUUAA